AUGGAUGGCUUUAAUAUCGAGAAAGAGAUAAAGAAUGCCGGAGAGACUUUGAAUAAGGAAACCCUGAAACUUAUGGACAAAUGUUUAUAUGAACUUACGACCACAGGGAGUCCUUCAUUGGAUGACACUCUGAUGAAAAAAUUUAAACGCUUCUGCAGACAAUCUGAUGAUUAUGUCCGGUAUGCAUUUCUUCUGAUCAUGAGACAGCUGAACAAGAAACACUCAGAAAUUCGUCUGUCAGCGUUUCAGGUGGCAGAUGAAUUGUUCAACAGGUCGCAUGCAUUUAGAGAAACCAUGGUCAACCAUCUGCAGGCUGUCCUGGCCCUAACAACUGAAACAGAGACAGAGAGACCCUUACCACCGCCAAAGAGUGCGGCGAAGAAGCUGAAAACUGAUGCCCUACAUGCCUUGCAGCUGUGGCAUGACAAGUAUGGACAGGGCUAUAAGAAACUAGUUGUAGGCUACAACUACCUGAAGAACUGCAAACAUGUUGAUUUUAAUGACAUCAGAACACAGAACCAGGCUGAGAGACAGAGAAUUGAGAAUGAGGAGAAGAGGAAGGAGAAGAUCAGGACGGACAAGCUGGCCAAAGUGUUGAAGGACAUUGCAGAACUAAAACCAGAGAUUGAAAACUGUGCGAGAGAAGCUGAAAGUUGCUUGCAGUUGCUCUUGCCCACACUUGCAGACUUUGUUAUACCUCUAUGGGAAGAAUCUGCAGCAGCAGAUAAGACAGUUAAUGGGUCAUCUAAUGAAAACACCGUUUGUGAAAGUCAGGAACUGCACCUAUUGGCUGAUGGAGGCACUCAUAAUCAGACUGCUGCUACUUCAGUUACCACUGACUCUAGAGAAAAUCAGCAGAUUCAGGACCUUACUCCAGAUGAUAGACAAGCUGUAAAUUCAGAGAUUUUGAAUGGCAACAAAGCUGUUCAUGAAACAAGCUCUGUAGAUGUCUCUGUCAGUGAGGAUAAUAUGAAAGCAACACCCAAAGAAAAUAUGUUAGAGAAAGAUACUGGGGGAUCAGGCAAACAUGAAAGCUCUGAUGACAGUGAUGCAGACAAUGCUACAGAAGAUGAAUAUGAAGAUAUGGAUGCUAGUGAAGAUAAUCUCUUUGCUCAUGGCUUACCCAAUCCUACAUUCAACCUUGUGUUAGAGUUACCUGCUCCUGGACCAGUUUCCAUCCAAGUCACGACAGACAAUAGAGAUGUUGUGUGCUCGCUGACAGAUGCCAGUAAACUGAUAACCAAUAACUUCCUGCCACAGGUUGUACGAUGGCUAGAGAUUCUGGGCAAGAAUGGCGCCAGAUCAGAGGAUAUUAAAGCAGCCAUUGACCUCAAACGCAAUCUUGAAGACAUUAAAAUGAAAUGCAUGGAUUUGAAACUGAUCUCAAUGGAGCAAAAGAAGUUGCAGCAGGCAGAUAUCUCAGAUGAUGAUGAUUUUGAAGAAGUUCCAGAAAAGGAGGGUUAUGAGCCACACAUACCACAGCACCUCAGAGCAGAAUAUGCUUUGAAGGAGAAGGCGCCCUCUCUGUUGGCUGUGGGAACAGUUCCUUUAGACAAGAGCAAGUUGGUGUCCGUGAACAAACAUUGGAGUUUAAAAGACAGGAUUAGCACCGAUAAUGUAUCAGAUCCUACAUCUUUAGCCGCUGCUCUUGCCAAAAUCAAACCAAAGAGUUCAGAGACUGCAACAAAAACCUCUCUUGGGUCCUCGAGUGUUCAUACCACAACAAACUCAGAAGGCCAAGAAUCCACCACAGUUCCAGUUGUGGCCUUUGGAACAGACUUGGCCUACUGGGAGACUCCAGAUCAGAUUGAAGUACCAACUGUUGUCAAAUUGGAUUCCCUGCAUCGAUUCUGGACACCUUCGGAAACCGAACCAGAGACUCCGUCUCAGCAUGACAUUGCUGCAGUGAAAAACAGGAUCUUCUAUUUCACUGGAAAAUUUGAGCCAGUUAAGUGGAAGUGCCGGGCAAUGAUGCCAAAUGGAAAGUUGUGUGAAAGAAUGGACAGAGUCAAGUGCCCAUUUCAUGGAAAGAUUGUCCCUAGAGAUAAAACUGGCAAACCAAAUGGAGAACAGCAUCCAUCAACCAGUAUUGUUAUCCCUGGAGAUAAAACUAGCAAACGAAGUAAAGAACAGCAUCCCUCAACCAGUGUUGUUGAUGACAUUAAGCCUGAGAAACUUGAGGGAAAUGAUGAGGAGUUGCCGCCUUGGCAGGAUCCAGAGCUGCAGCGAGAAAUUGAGCUGGCCACAGGUCACGACCUCGGCUCAGCAAGGUCACAAAAGUUGCUGGACAAGAAGGUAAAGGGGAAAGGCAAAGGAAAAGGAAAAGGAAAAAAGAAAUCAAAGCUGACCAAUAUCGAAGCUAUUAAAAACACUUCUCGGAAGCGUCUGGAAAAUCGGAUUUUUAACAAAGGAUCCAUGAAGCGGGUCUGUUCAACCCUUGAUAGUGCGGACUACAGGCGAGUGCGGGACAAAUUUGCCUACCAGUUCCACUAUAGUUUACAGUGA